CUCGCGCCCCGCCCCCGCCUCCCCUGGCCCCGAGUCCCCUGGGCCCACCCGCUUGCGACAGCCCUCCUCCUGCCGGUGCUCCCUCCCUUCGACUCCCGCUCCCCAGGGAGCGGCGGAGGCGGCGGGAUGGCCAGGGCCCGCGGCCAGGCCCCGGGGAGCGGCGGGCGGCGGCGACCGCGGCGGGGAAGCCCGGGGACCGGGCCCCGGGGGGAGUCGGCCGGUCUGCUGCUGCUCCUGCUGCAGGUGCUGCCGCCCGGGGCAGCGGCAGGCUCGGGGCGCCGGGGCACUCGGGGGCCUGGCGGCGGCUGCGUCUGCUGGCCCGGCGCCGGCCCGACUCUACCCCGGGACGCGCGACUGCUGCUGUUGCUGCCGCCCCGGCCGCCACCGCCGCCGCCGCCGCCGAGCUCUACAGCCGCAGUCUCCCCCUCUCGGAUGGACACUCUGCCCCGCGGUGGGCUCCACCUGAAAGAGGAGCCGCUGCUGCCUUCCAGCCUGGGCUCCGUGCGCUCCUGGAUGCAGAGCGCGGGCAUCCUGGACUCCAGCACCGCGGCGCAGAGUGGCGUGGGCCUGGCAAGAGCACAUUUUGAAAAGCAGCCCCCCUCCAACCUCAGGAAGUCCAACUUCUUCCACUUCGUGCUGGCCAUGUACGACCGGCAGGGGCAGCCCGUGGAGGUGGAGCGCACAGCCUUCAUCGACUUCGUGGAAAAGGAUCGAGAGCCUGGGACAGAGAAAACAAACAACGGGAUCCAUUACCGCCUUCGGCUGGUGUAUAACAAUGGCCUGCGGACAGAGCAAGACCUCUAUGUGCGUCUCAUUGACUCCAUGUCAAAGCAGGCUAUCAUCUAUGAGGGGCAGGACAAGAAUCCUGAAAUGUGCCGAGUGCUGCUCACGCACGAGAUCAUGUGCAGCCGGUGCUGUGACCGCAAGAGCUGUGGCAACCGGAAUGAGACGCCUUCAGAUCCAGUCAUUAUCGACAGGUUCUUCCUCAAAUUCUUUCUCAAAUGCAACCAGAACUGCUUGAAGAAUGCAGGGAAUCCCCGAGACAUGCGCCGCUUCCAGGUGGUGGUGUCCACGACAGUGAGUGUGGACGGACACGUGCUGGCCGUGUCUGACAACAUGUUUGUGCACAACAACUCCAAACAUGGCCGCAGGGCCCGGCGCCUGGAUCCUUCUGAAGCUGCCACCCCCUGCAUCAAGGCCAUCAGCCCCGGGGAGGGCUGGACCACGGGAGGCGCCACUGUCAUUAUCAUCGGAGACAACUUCUUCGACGGGUUGCAGGUCGUGUUUGGCAGCGUGCUCCUGUGGAGCGAGCUCAUCACUCCCCACGCCAUCCGGGUGCAGACACCGCCACGACACAUCCCUGGGGUGGUAGAAGUGACCCUCUCCUACAAGUCCAAGCAGUUUUGUAAAGGAGCCCCCGGUCGCUUUGUCUACACAGCCCUAAAUGAGCCUACCAUUGACUACGGAUUCCAGAGGCUACAAAAAGUCAUUCCCAGACACCCAGGGGACCCUGAGAGGCUGCCUAAGGAAGUGCUGCUGAAACGGGCGGCUGAUUUGGCGGAGGCCCUGUACGGAGUGCCCAGCAGUAACCAGGAGCUCCUCCUGAAGCGUGCGGCGGACGUGGCCGAGGCUCUGUACAGCGCCCCGCGCGCACCUGCACCCCUCGGACCCCUGGCCCCUAGCCACCCACACCCCGCCGUCGUGGGCAUCAACGCCUUCAGCAGCCCCCUGGCCAUCGCCGUCGGGGAUGCCACCCCGGAGCCGGGCUAUGCCCGCAGCUGCGGCAGCGCGUCGCCCCGGUUCGCGCCCAGCCCUGGCUCUCAGCAGAGCAGCUAUGGCAGUGGCCUUGGAGCUGGUCUCGGCAGCUACGGUGCGCCGAGUGUCACUGGCCUCGGCGUGCCCGGGUCCCCUAGCUUCCUCAAUGGCUCCACCGCAACCUCACCUUUCGCUACCCUCCCAUGAUUGUGGAGCCGCCCUUAAUUAGGGGGACCUCUGCUGAAACCUGAUGGACAGCAACCUUUUGGUCCUUCGCCGGGACUUCGGGAGGAGGCUGGCGGCCCCUGCUGGAAGCCUAAGGAAACUCUAGAGACUCGGGCUUCCAGCGCCCCGCAGCCCCGGGAUGUGUGGCUCCGGGUUUCAGCAGCACUUCCUGGGGCAGGGGAGGAAACGGUGGACCGAGUGGCGGCCCCUAGGGGCUCGGCGGGGCCCUGGAGGAGCUUCCUCACCCCCUCACCCAUAGGACACUUAUUCCUGUCCCGUCCCUCUGAGUGCCUUGUCCCUCAUGUUCUCCCAGAUGGUUCAGGCAAAACGAGAAUUCCUUGUCAUCAGGACUGAAUUCAGACUUGAGUGUUUUAGCCAGGAGCUGACAGACUUUCAACAGGUUGCACCUUUCAGUAAAACAAGAUCAACAACACCCCCCAGCCCCACCUCAGAUAGCUCUUGUAUCUGAAUAUGUCUCUAGAAAAGCAGACAAAGUUCAGAAAGAACGUUAUGAUUUUGUAGGCCCAAUCUGAAUGGUAGUUGCUUGGCAUCUUGGGUUAAGGUAGCUCUCUGAUAGAUGGAUGGGCGGUGGAUUUUUAUGCCUUAUCAUUUCACACUGCCUGCUAGUCUCUUGCAAUACCGAUGGCUGCUUGGUGGGUACUUAUAAUCCACAUGAUGAGAGCACUAAGCUUGGGGGUUCUCUGUGUACCCUUUCUCACCAGCAAAAACUCCUCUACCAGUCACAAUAGAGGUUGUCCCUUAGGGCCUGGGGCACUACUGAAUCUGAGAAAUAGUGACAUCUGCCAAAGGAGGAGCUUUUGUGGCUCUACCUGCCGUUCCCACCCUUCUGCCUCUUCAUUACCUAAAAUAACUGUCUAGCCCCCUGCCUAGCUUUCCUUACCAGGGCUGCUGCUCUCACUGGCUACAAAUCCAGCCUGGCACUCUCCUUUGACCUUGACUUAAUUUGUGGAACCCAAUGUCCCCCCCCCCAAACCAGAGUACACACAGGCUGUUUCCUGUGUCCCCCCCCCCCCAGGCCGGUCUCUCCUGGCGCCUAGCCAGCUUCUACUACUCCGCAUCCCUUUCGUUCUAAGACCGUGACCUCCCAGCCUUCUGGUUUCCGUUGUAUUGGACUCUCUCGCCCUUUUCCAGACACACAGCAGUGUGUCAGCAGUGAAAGGGGGCUGCCCCAGUGCACAGUCUCUCCGGGGUCACCCUAGUCAGCCAGACCAGAACUUCCAAAGUCACUCACCCUCAGCAGGGUCACUUGGGGCGCUACCUAGGCCUGUUCCCAUCUCAGAAAGUGUUUACUCAGGCCCACAUCCAUUCCCCCUGAGUGUGGGGUGCUUUGUGACACACUUACAUAAAGUGUCCUCACUGAGUUUGCCAGGAUGCCCCUAAAAUGUCGUCAGAAUUGUCCUACUCAGAGGAUCUAGGGCUGUCUUUGUAGAGCUCCUUAACUCUGCAAAAUGUGGGUAUUAGUUCUCUGGGCCUUGGCAGACACCACAAAUAUUCCUUUUUAUAUAACAGGUGUUAAGCACUCCGUAAUGCCCAGGUCUUUACCAGGAAGCACUGAGCAUUUUUCUCUAGGAGAUGGUGACCGCAGGCUAAGGAUGUUGAGAAUAGGAUACUAUUGCAAUCAUUUUUAUACCCACAGUCAGCGAAUGGGUGUUCUGAUGUCAAAGUAGCCUUCUCAGCCACAGAUUUCUUCUAGGAAGUCUGUACCUGCUGUCCCUUGCCUGCUGGUUGGAGGAGAUUAAAAAUCCUACCUGCUGGUCUUUAGAAGAUCAAAGCCGGGAAUUGGUUCAGAUGAAAACAUAGAAGGUGGAACUGAGAUGCGCUACACACAGGAGCCCUAGCAGAUACAAGAGGCUCCCGGGGUCUAGGCUGGAGAUGGCAGGGCCUUGAAUUAAAGUGGAAGAAAUAGUGCCCAGGGUUGGGGAGCAGAAAAGCAAAGUGCAGGGCACAUUGCGUAGGAACAUUCAGUAGAGAUGAACUAGGGGCUUGUGUGAGCUGUCGUCCAUGGUAGAGCAGCUUUAGACAGGAGGGUGCGUAUAGGCUUCACAGACACCAAAACUUCAUCCGUGUCUCUUUACUCCGGCUUUGAUGUGACCCUUGACCUUUGAGCGUAGCCUUGGCAGUGCAGCCCCAUAAACAUUCCCUAGCGUUUCAGAGCUCCUGUGGUGUUCAGCAGGAAUCCCACCUUUCCAUCUCUUUCUUAUCUCCCAUCUUUGAGAGCACUGCCCACUACUUGUUUUUUGUUUCGUUUUCCCUGGGCCUGAUCCUGUCAUCUCCAGCCCUGAAAAUGGUGCUCAGAACACCUGAAAAGGCCAGGGCUGGUCCAGCACCCAGCAGCUGCCAUCUUACCUCUAGACAUUAUCUUGUCCUGGUCUUCUCAGGACCCCCAUAGCCCCCAGGGAGGUCUGAGCCUGCAGCCUGGUCAACAACCCACACGGGACUCACUGCCCACGCGGCACCCCAACCCUGCUGCUCACUCUGGUGCUGUCUUCCUGUUGUGUCUCCCACUGCCUUCCUUGCUGCACCUGCCCCUUCCUCGCCCCGCAGUCAUGCCCUCUAGCCCCCCGCUGGCGGCUGCCUCCUCCAUGUCCCUCCCGGCCGCUGCCCCCACCACCAGCGUCUUCUCCUUCUCGCCUGUCAACAUGAUCUCCGCUGUCAAACAGAGGAGCGCCUUCGCCCCUGUGCUGCGC